GUAAAUUUCGCAAUUUGCCAAUGACGUCGAUUCUCAGAUUAGAUACAGUCCUAGACCAUUUACUGUGUGUAUGUGUGUACAUGUGUAUCCCCUCUCACGAACGCUGCCAUGGCAUUCGCUCACACCCAUCCCUCGAACAUGACUUUCGUCUCAAAUGAUCCCAGUUUGUGGCCACAAAUCAAUUUAAAUAUUAUUACCAGCUAUUUCGAAGUUGCCGCCUGCGUCAUGGUGGUAUACGAUUGGGUCUUAACACUGAGACAAGAGAUUGAACUCAUCUGGAGACAAUGCUGGUCUCUCAUGACUGUGUUGUAUUUGAUUAUACGCUUCAUUGGAAUACCAUUUUCUUUCGUCUUUCUUCUGGAAUAUGUGCCAUCGGUAUCGCUGACAGAUACAGUGAGUACUAUCGCGGACUACGCAGUAAGUGGCACAAUUGUGAUCGUGACUGCCAUGUUGGGCGUCAUCAUGAUUGCUCGGUUGCAUGCCAUGUAUCAGGGAUCUAGAACGAUGCUUAUGUUCCUUGUUAUCAUCUUCCUGGCUGUGAACAUUGCCUGCGGAGUGAUCACGGUAAUAGGACUCAACGAUAUUGUACUGGAGGAGUUCAUACUUUCUGGCACAUAUGUGUGCGGUUAUGUACUAUAUGAAGGGGACGAACAGCUUCUGUUUUCAAUGGUUUCGAUUCUCAACACUGUUUGGGAGGUCCUCGCACUGUGCUUUUCAGUCUGGAUUGUUGUGAAACACUUCCGUGACCUGCGACGACUCGGCCCAUCAACAGGAUCGACUAUCGGGGACUGUUUCAGAGUGCUGAUACAAUCUCACGUUCUUUAUUUCACAAGCUUUGUUGGUGUCUCUUGCUUCCAGCUUGCUUUCCUCUCUCCAAAAAUCUUUAAUUCGACUUCUAUUGGAGCUCAGAUAAUCGAUGGUGUUUCUCAAAUUUUAUUGGUCAUUCAGAUGUUUGUGCUGGGACCACGCCUCAUCCUGAGCAUUCGAAAAUACCAUGCCAAACUUGUGGCAUACUCCGACGCAGAAAUUAGCAUGAAUUCGAUUGUCUUCCAGGAAGAUGUACAUGUAUCGACUAGCAGUCUUGUAUAGAGAAAUGCUUGCUGAAUGGUCUGCAGGGAGAAGAAAUUUGAUUGAGCAUCC